UUGCGUGAUUACGUGGAAUGUCACGGUCGAGCCUCGAUCUCUUUUUGACGAGUGCACGUCUAAAGAGGCAAACGUGGCGACGACUAAGGGCAUAUCCGCUUGGAAUAUGCCUAGGGUUUAUAGGGGGAUUUAUCGGUUUUGAAUUUCAGAGGGAGAGAAAGAAGAGAGGAGAGCGAUUGUUAGGUCGUGGCGAAGGCGCUGUGAAGCUGCUCGCGCGCGACGAGGAGGACGACGACGGAGUAGUUUACCCUAAUAUCUUGGAGAAUGAGGGGCGCUGGAUCCGUGAGAGCGCCAUGGCUAUGGUCGUCGCCGCGCGACGGAUCAACAAAGGCUGCCGCCAACGCGCUCUGAGCGGCCCGUGCCCCUUUCCUCUCUCCUUUUAAGGCUUUUCGUUGACAGUAAAGAGGAGGAAGUUUUGCUUGUAGGAGGCCGAGUUAUGGG